AUUUUAUUUAUUAUAUAAUAUUCAUAAAUGCUAAAUAUGGCUGAUGGUCAGGCUAAUAACCAACGUCGUAAUGAAAGACUAAGGAGAUCUAGAUUACCAUCUGAUGAAAUAAGAAAUGUAUUGGGGGAAUCAGAUUCUGAAGGUGAACUAUAUCAUGUAUCUGAUGAAGAUGAGUAUUUUCCCGAACCAGCAGCUAUUGAAUUUGAAGAAUCAGAUGUAGAAAUAGAGCCAGUUAUUGAGUAUGGUGAAGACUUUGAUUCAGAUGAAAGCAGCGAAGAUGAAUCCAUACAUAUCGAGCCUAGAGUCGGUAAAGAUGGUACUCAGUGGUAUGAUACACCAUAUCCUCAGGCUCAAACAAUUUCUCGUAACAUUUUGCGUCAAAAACCUGGACCAUUAAAUUCUACUGCAUUAUUUACAGCAAAAGAGAUAUUUAAAUCUAUCAUGUCAAAAGAAAUAUGUGACAUAAUUUUGAGAGAAACCAAAAGAAAAGGUCAACAAGUUACAGAAGACUACAAUAGAGAACUAAUAGAAAAAUUUCCAGUUUCUAGUCGACCACUAACAAAAAAAUUUAUACCAUUUACCGAAGAAGAAUUUGAUGCAUUCUUGGGAAUUCUUCUCGUAUCUGGUGUACAUAGAUCUAAUAAAGAACAUGUAUCAGAAAUGUGGAAAUUAGACUCGUUACCUCUCAUUCGAGCUGCAAUGUCUCGAGAUCGAUUCAAAAUGUUGCUAAGGUUUAUUCGUUUUGAUAAUGUAAACACUCGUAAUAUACGUAUUACAACAGACAAAGCUGCACCGAUUCGUGAUAUUUGGACAAUGCUCAAUCAAAACUUACAUAAAAAUUAUAAACCUACAGAAAAUAUAACAGUAGACGAACAAUUAUUUCCUUACAGAGGACACACAAAAUUUACACAGUACAUUCCAUCUAAACCUGCAAAAUAUGGAAUAAAGGUUUUUUGGGCUUGCGAUGCAGCAAAUGCUUACCCUUUGCAUGGUAAAAUUUACACAGGCAAACCACAAGAUGGUAAACGUCAAGUAAAUAUUGGUGAACGUACAGUUCUAGACUUAGUUGCGAUGUAUAAAGGUUCUGGACGAAAUGUGACUACAGACAAUUUUUUUACAAGUAUGCAAUUGGCUACUACAUUAAACUCUUGGAAUAUGACAUUGGUUGGUACUGUCAGAAAAAAUAAAAGAUUCUUGCCUCCCAAAAUGCUUCCAUCAAAAGCCAGAGCUUUACAUUCUACAAAUUUUGUAUUUAAAAAAGAUAUAACUCUUUGUUCUUAUGUUCCAAAAAUAAAUAAAUCGGUUAUUCUUUUAUCUACAAUGCAUAUGACAGCCGACAUAAUGCAAGCUGCUACCGCUAAACCAGAAAUUAUAAAAUAUUAUAAUCAGACAAAAGGAGGAGUAGAUACAAUGGAUAAAAUGUUAACAGAAUACACAGUAAAGCGAAGAACUAAUCGUUGGCCACUUGCAUUUUUUUUCAACAUGAUUGAUAUUGCUGCUUUAGCUGCAUAUAUUAUAUAUAUGGAACACAAUCAAAGGUUUAACACAACUGAUCGACGCCGAAAAUUUUUGAAAGAGCUUGCAAAUCAGUUAUGUAUGCCUGCAAUAGAAAUUCGAACCUCCAUACCUAAAGUAGUAGGAAAUCGGUAUACUCGUAAUUCAAUGGAAAUGGUUCUCGGACGGCCAAUACAACAGAUAAUUGCUAUUCCUAAAAAUGAACCACCUCGUGAUGCUUCAGGACGUAUUCAAAUAGUUGGAAGUUGCUUAGUAUGUCGAGAAUUAGGUUAUAAGCAACGGAAAACUCGAAAAGCUUGUUCAACUUGCUCAAAGCCUAUUUGCAAUGAACACUCAAUAAACAAAUCAUUUUGCGAAACUUGCAAUCAACAAAACACCUAAAUAUGUUAUAAUACUUACUAAAUAUGUAAAAAAUAACAUUUUUGUUCUCUUAAUAUUUGUAUCUAUAUUAAUGAUGUCCAGUAAAAAUAUUUAUCAAUGGUAAUUUAACUUUUUGUAUCAAUAAAACCUAUAUUUAAAUACAAUAUAUAGAGGUACCCAGGUACCUACUACGUCCUUAUAAGGUGUAAAAUUAACAACGCCAUUUUAAGUACAAUAAAUUGUAUACUUUUCAAAUACAAAAUAUAAAUUUGUUAACUAUACAUGCUAUUUAGAGAUGUCACAGAAGGACUAACCAUACAUACUAAAUAUUUAGAAGGAAAAUAAAUUUAAAAACUGAAAAGGUACCCAGGUACCUUUCCAGUCA